AUGAAGCUCGUCGUCGUCUCGGGUGCAUCGCGCGGCCUCGGCCUUGGGUUCGCCAGCCAGUUGCUUCGCCGAGCGCCGCAGAGCACCAUCGUCGCCGCGAGCCGCUCCGGCACGUCCGAUGGGCUGGAGAGGCUAAUGUCAGAGUACCCCGGCCGGAUCCUGCCGGUGGCGUGCGACGUGACCGAGCAGGCGUCGACGCGCGCCCUCACCGAGCAGCUCAAGGCCGACCUCGGAGGCGCCAAGGUCGACCUGCUGCUCAACGUGGCGGGCAAGCUGCACGGAGGCCAGUCGUCGGCCGCCGCCGAGACGCUGCCGUCGGAGUAUAUGCCGGAGCGGUCGCUGGGUUCGAUCGACGCCACGGCGAUGCAGAGCGUCUUUGCGACCAACGCACUCGGGCCGCCCGUGCUGCGCGCGGCUUUCCGGACGCUUUCCGGAGCCGUACGGCACGCGCGUCGUGUAGGCGCGAUCGUCGCCAACCUGUCUGCGCGCGUCGGCUCGAUCGGAGACAACCGGCAUUUAAAUUCUGGGGCCAAGCGCGACCAGGCGGCGCUGAACAUGGCGACUGUCAACAUGGCUAUCGAGCUGCGGCGACGCGACGUCUACGCGGUCUCGCUGCACCCCGGCACCGCGGACACGGGACUGAGUGUGCCCUUCCAGAAGAACGUGAGACCCGAGAAGCUCUUCACGGUGGAGUACAGCACCGCUUCGAUGCUCGACGUCCUCGACGGGCUCUCUCCCUCCGACUCGGGCGCCUUCUUCGACUACGCCGGGGCAAGGGUCGAGUACUGA